GGCCGGAUUAAGCUAGAAAUAGCGGCGGAUCCCGGGCGUGGAGAGCUCCGCAGCUCCUCGCCGCUUUAGCGCAUCUCCUUUGGGCUUGUGCAGUCGCCAGCCUUGCCUGCCACCUGAGGGAGCCGCGAGUGCGCCCUGGGCGCGCCUUCCCUCCCGCGCACUGGAGCAGGGUGGCCGGUGCGAGCCGGAGGAGGGGGGCUCGGCGCAGCUGCAAGCGGGCGGGAGCGAGAGAGGAGGCGAACCGGUGGCCUCUUCGCGAGCACAAGGCAGCGCCAGGAGGAGGGGAAGAGGCGCGGCAGCUGCCAGGAGGACGCGGACGCCCUGCCAGAAGUAGUUCUAGAAUUAGUCGAAGAUGUCGGGCCAGACGCUGACAGAUCGCAUCGCAGCUGCUCAGUACAGCGUGACAGGAUCAGCUGUAGCUAGAGCUGUCUGCAAAGCAACCACACAUGAAGUGAUGGGCCCCAAGAAAAAACACCUGGACUAUCUGAUCCAGGCCACAAAUGAGACAAAUGUCAACAUUCCCCAGAUGGCUGAUACGCUUUUUGAACGAGCAACAAACAGUAGCUGGGUCGUUGUGUUCAAAGCCUUAGUUACAACGCAUCAUCUAAUGGUUCAUGGUAAUGAGAGGUUUAUUCAGUAUUUGGCAUCUAGAAACACACUAUUCAAUCUCAGCAAUUUUUUGGACAAAAGUGGAUCACAUGGAUAUGAUAUGUCUACUUUUAUCAGGCGCUACAGCAGAUACUUGAAUGAAAAAGCAUUUUCCUACAGACAAAUGGCAUUUGAUUUUGCAAGAGUAAAGAAGGGGGCUGAGGGUGUAAUGAGGACGAUGGUUCCAGAAAAAUUACUGAAGAGUAUGCCAAUAUUACAGGGACAAAUAGAUGCACUUCUUGAAUUUGAUGUUCAUCCAAAUGAGCUGACAAAUGGUGUCAUAAAUGCUGCAUUUAUGCUUCUCUUCAAAGAUCUCAUCAAGCUUUUUGCUUGCUACAAUGAUGGAGUUAUUAACCUAUUAGAGAAAUUUUUUGAAAUGAAGAAGGGCCAGUGUAAAGAUGCUCUUGAAAUCUACAAACGGUUUCUGACUAGAAUGACAAGAGUUUCAGAAUUUCUUAAAGUUGCAGAGCAAGUUGGGAUUGAUAAAGGAGACAUUCCUGAUCUUACACAAGUAUUGCUGUCCAGAGUUCUGAGUGAUCUGAAAAACAGUGGUGAUAAUGAAAAGUCUCCUUUUAAAGACUAUACAGUUGAUGAACCGGCUCCUAGUAGUCUUAUGGAGACACUUGAACAGCAUCUAAACAGUUUGGAAGGAAAGAAACCUGGAAACAGUGAGGGCUCUGGAGCGCCUUCACCUUUGGGCAAGUCUUCUCCAGCCACAACUGUUACAUCUCCCAAUUCCACCCCAGCAAAAAGUAUUGAUACAUCUCCUCCAGUUGAUCUCUUUGCAACAUCUUCUACAGCAGCCCCAGUCAGUGCUUCCAAACCCUCCAGUGAUCUUCUAGAUCUUCAGCCAGAUUUCACAUCUAGUACUGCACAAGCAGCUCCAGCAGCACCUGCUGGUGCAACUUCAUGGGGAGACCUUUUGGGAGAGGACAGUUUGGCUGCGCUUUCCAGCAUUACCUCUGAACCACAGAUUUCAGACCCAUUUGCACCUGAACCCACUCCAGCUGCUACUGCUGCAACUAUUGAAAUAGCCUCUGCUUCUGCUACAACUACAGCUGUUGCUGCUGCUUCUGAAGUGGAUCUCUUUGGAGAUGCUUUUGCAGCUUCUCCUGGUGAAGCCCCGGCAGCACCUGAAGGGGCAGCGGCACCAGCUACCCCAACCCCUGUAGCCGCAGCUCUUGAUGCAUGUUCAGGAAAUGACCCCUUUGCCCCAUCUGAAGGCAGUGCAGAGGCUGCUCCUGAGCUGGACCUCUUUGCCAUGAAGCCACCUGAGACCAGCGUUCCUGUAGUUACCCCUACAACUAGUGCAGCCACUCCAGUUCCCGCCACCACUCCUACUCCAGCUGCGGCCGCUGCUCCUGCAGCCCCUGCUACAACUGCUGCCACUACUACCAUUACCACUACUGCUACCACGUCUGCUACUACCACUACCACCACCACCUCCGCUCCUCCUCCUGCUCUAGAUAUCUUUGGUGAUUUGUUUGAGUCUACACCUCCUGAAGCCCCUGCAGCUCCUAAACCAGAUGCUACUCCUAGCAUAGACCUGUUCAGUACAGAUGCUUUUUCCUCUCCACCACCUGGAGCUUCUCCUGUGCCUGAGAGUUCUCUUACUGGUGAUCUCUUAUCUGUGGAUGCAUUCGCAGCACCAUCGCCCCUGCCCACUGCUUCCCCAGCUAAAGUGGAUUCUUCAGGUGUGAUUGACCUGUUUGGUGAUGCUUUUGGAAGUACUGCUCCUGAACCGCAGUCUGCAUCCCAAGCAGUGUCUAGCUCCUCUGCUUCUGCUGACCUCUUGGCUGGUUUUGGAGGUUCUCUUAUUGCUCCGUCUCCAUCACCUUCCCCUGUUACGCCGGCUCAGGCUAAUCUACUACAGCCCAAUUUUGAAGCAGCUUUUGGAGCAAGUCCAUCCCCUUCCCCUGCUGGCAGUUCCUUUGAUCCCUCAGUGUUCGAUGGCUUAGGAGACCUCCUUAUGCCAACCAUGAUGCCAUCUGGUCAGUCCCUACCUAUUUCAGGCGCAGCCGGUGCUGCUGCUUCAGCUGCAACCAAAGGCCUUGGAAGUGAUCUUGAUUCCUCUCUUGCAAACUUAGUAGGAAAUCUUGGAAUUUCUGGUACUACAUCAAAGAAGGGAGAUCUUCAGUGGAAUGCAGGAGAGAAAAAGUUAACAGGAGGAGCCAACUGGACACCAAAAGUAGCACCUGCCACGUGGUCAACUGGUGUUCCUCCAAGUGGCCCAAUAACAGGCUCUGUGCCCCCAGCAGGUUCAGUUCCUCCCACAUCUAGUGCCCCUCCUGCACAGCCUGGAUCAGGAUUUGGAAUGCAACCAACUGGAGCAGGUGUUCCAAUGAUGCCACAGCAGCCAGUUAUGUAUGGGCAGCCUAUGAUGAGGCCACCAUUUGGAGCAGCUGCAGGAUCUGGUGCACAACUGUCUCCAAGCCCUACACCUGCCACUCAGAGUCCCAAGAAACCUCCAACAAAGGACCCAUUAGCAGAUCUUAACAUCAAGGAUUUCUUAUGAACCCUUUCAGCUGUAGUUUUCUGACAGAAUAACUGAAGAUUUGGAAUCUGUGAAUCUGAUUGGAAUCUACGAAUCAGAUUUGUUUGUUGCUCAGAGUUUCCAAGUGAGCCACCACUACCAAACCCAGUGCAUAUUCAGACUUCUCUCUUACUUCCAAAACGUGUAGCACAGCUGUGAAAGUGAACAAUAGGAAUGUGUACUCUUAGUUGUUACCCCUUCUCUCUCUCUCGCUCUCUUUUUCUCAGUUUGUGUACUUGGGUUAUUAUUUAUGUGUUUUACAACUUAAACAAUGGAUGUAUGUUUCUGAUGCCUUCUUAGUGCGUUUCUGAACCUAUCUAAUAGGAGCAGAUUAUGCAGCUGUUUCGUGGUGAGCCGUUUGGAGCGAUGUGUCUGUGUUUCUGGAGGUCUCAAUGUAAAUAACUUUGGCAAACCCUCUAAAUUUUUCCCUCAACAUCCAGUUUCUCUUGUAUAUCUGUUAUACAAAAUAAUAGUGUGAUAAUAUCAAACAGUAAGAAAAGCACUCUAAACCUACAAGCCCCUUUGUGUGUGUAUGUGUGGGUGGGAUACAAUUUUUCCAAAUGCAGGAUUCUCAAUUUGUUGUGAGAAAUGUUUUAUUUUUGUGGCACUGUACAUGUUAAGAUAAUUAUAAUUUAAAGUAAUAUAAAUCAAAACUGUUGACUCUCUUUGAAGUUGCUAUGUGAAAAAAUAAAAACGAAACUGGAAUUCCUUAUAACUUUUAAAAUAUUUAAGGAUUUUUUUUGUUUCCAUUUAAAAUUGGGUUAUAUAUCAGUUUUUCUUAUGCACUGAAAAUAAGUAAAGGGUAAGUUUCAUACCAGGUAGCGGAGAGAAACAAUCAUAGCGGUGUGGACAUAUUGUCAAGCUAAUUAAGUCUUUCUUCAGUGCAUCUGUAGUCGAAUCAUGGCAAAGUGAUUUUUUAAAAAAAACAUAACCUUUGCUUUUAUGUAAAUCUGUUAGUUUGGUGCUUCUCUCUGUAUGCUUUAGAUUAGUGUUUUCCAUCCCUGUACAGCACUACAUAUUUUACAUACUGUCUGUGAUUAGAGAUCACACUAAUCUGGAGAACUGCACCCUUUACUGUAAACAACAAAACUGAUGUUCCUUUAAUGUUUUCAGUUUGUUCUCUCAUGCUGUUUGUGCAGAUGGCUUGGCUUAAGAUAUCUGACUCCUUACUAAGGUCACUGUUGAUAAGUGUUACAAGUGGCUUGGCAGCUCUUUGUAAAAGCAUAUUAGACUGGAAAGAUGUUCACCUAAGUCUUUCAAAUUAACUAUUUAAUCAGUAUAUGGUACCAUUUUAAAAAGUGGUUGUAUCUGAAUUUGUUGUGAGGAAAAACAUACAUGAUAAUGACAGAGAGUUAGAGAGAGAGAAUUUCAAAAUGGCUUUUCUUUGUAUUUUGGUUUGAGAAAAAUCCAGUGCAUGUAUACCCUCUGAGAUGCAAUAA